CUCUCGUUUGUUCCCUUCCACCUGCCUCCGCGCUGCAGAGUGACCCCCUCCUCUUCCCUUCCGCAUGCCUGCUCGCACCGCCGCCCUUGCAGCGCUGACGCGCGCGCCAUUGCCCCCAUCAAAUUGAAGUCCUAGGAAAUUGCAAAUUGAUGCCGGAGUCCCCACUGCCCGUGCAAUUGAUUUGCUAACAGCAAUUGAUUUGCUCGGUAGUCGAUUGACAUCUCGCCUGGUGCAUGCACCUCGCAGCAGCGCCGCUCGCCGCCGCCCGCGAGCCUGUGUGCCCUGAGGCAGCACCGGCCCGCCACGCACGAACGAUCUCCUCGAGACAUCGUCUGCAUCGGGAGCGUGAUGGAUUGGGCGACUGAAGGAGAAACCCACACAGUAGUUCCGUGCAUUAUGAGAUGGAAUUCAAUUUGUUUUCAUAUUCCAUCAAUUUUGUUCGCCUCCGGCAGCUGGUGGCCAGAGAGAGGUGGCGUGUCGAGGAAUUUCGUCUCGGCUCCGACAUCAACGACGGCGCCAGUGAAGGGCCCCUUCGUCCACGUCUCGUCACCGAACCCGCGGUGCCCGAUUUUGUUCAUCAGGUGAAGAUGGCGCUUGUCAUUCCAGGAGAAAUGGAUGGUUCUUUAUGGGAAUUCUGGAGACAACCCAGGAAGCCGCUGAGGAUUGAUCUACCCUGAAGAAACUGAAGCCUGAAGGCCAUUCUUGGGUGGGUGCCCUUGCAAUGCGUCGACGGAUCAAGCGUGAACAGGCAGCAACAGAAUAGCCGCCGCCCCGCCUAUUGGAGCCAGGUCAGCAAGCCCUAACCAGCAACGGCUAUAUUCAGCGACGUCUCCCCUCCCCUCGGCGUACUAGCCGUUGCGGUGCGGCGGCGUUCCCCUUCCCUCCCCGUCUCUGACCUCCUCCUACAAAUAAUCCUCAGCGGCCGAUCCCUAAACCCCACAGCUCAAGGAGCUUCUCUUUCUCUCUCUCUCUCUCCUCGCCUCCCCACGCCGAUCUCGAGCGCCUGGGGAGACGAGACUCUGCGAUCUUUCUCCUCGCUCAUCAAAGCUCUCGAAGUUCUCCGCAUUUUUUUCGCUGUUAAUUCGCUUGUUUAAUUAAUCAAUCUUCUAAGCGUAUUUAUCUGUGAUCGAUUCUAACCUGCUAGUUUACAGUUCGUGUUUAUCUCGUUGAUUCUGCUGUUGCUAUUACUGUUCCCUGUCGUGCUUGUCUUGUUCGUUUGUUGCUGCUAACCAUGGACGCAGGUUCCCACUCGAUCUCCUCCGAGAAGAGCCGCGCCGCCGCCCCGCGGCCGCCGCUCCAGGAGGCGGGCUCCCGCCCCUACAUGCCGUCGCUGAGCACGGGGUCGCGCAACCCGUCGGCCAAGUGCUACGGCGAUAGGUUCAUCCCGGACAGGUCGGCGAUGGACAUGGACAUGGCGCACUACCUGCUCACGGAGCCCAGGAAGGACAAGGAGAACGCGGCGGGCGUCGUGGCCUCCCCGUCCAAGGAGGCGUACCGGAGGCUGCUCGCGGAGAAGCUGCUCAACAACCGGACGCGGAUCCUCGCCUUCAGGAACAAGCCGCCGGAGCCCGAGAACGUCUCCUUCGCCGAGGCGGCUUCCUCCAACCUGCAGGCCAAGCCGGCCAAGCAGCGGCGCCACAUUCCCCAGUCUGCUGAGCGGACUCUGGACGCGCCGGAGCUCGUUGAUGACUACUACCUCAACCUGCUUGACUGGGGGAGCAACAACGUGCUGUCCAUUGCUUUGGGCGACACGGUGUACCUGUGGGACGCAUCGAGCGGAUCCACAUCUGAGCUUGUGACCGUCGACGAGGACAGCGGUCCUAUUACUAGCGUUAGCUGGGCUCCCGAUGGUCGGCACAUUGCUGUCGGGCUCAACUCGUCUGACGUUCAGCUCUGGGACACCAGCUCCAACCGACUGUUGAGAACUCUUAGAGGGGUUCAUGAGGCAAGAGUCGGCUCGCUGGCAUGGAACAACAGCAUCCUGACGACCGGCAGCAUGGACGGCAAGAUCGUGAACAAUGACGUGAGGAUCAGGAACCACGUCGUGCAGACGUACGAGGGGCACAGCCAGGAGGUGUGCGGCCUCAAGUGGUCUGGAUCAGGGCAGCAGUUGGCCAGCGGGGGCAACGACAACCUUCUGCACAUUUGGGAUGUGUCCAUGGCAUCCUCCAUGCCAUCUGCUGGCCGCAACCAGUGGCUGCACAGGCUCGAGGACCACACGGCCGCUGUUAAGGCACUCGCCUGGUGCCCAUUCCAGAGCAACUUGCUGGCCACUGGUGGCGGUGGUAGCGAUCGGUGCAUCAAGUUCUGGAACACGCACACUGGUGCGUGCCUGAACUCCGUUGACACCGGAUCACAGGUGUGUGCUCUUCUCUGGAACAAGAAUGAGAGAGAGCUGCUGAGUUCACACGGAUUCACACAGAACCAACUGACUUUGUGGAAGUAUCCAUCAAUGGUGAAGAUGGCUGAACUCACUGGCCAUACCUCUCGUGUCCUUUUCAUGGCUCAGAGUCCUGAUGGUUGCACGGUAGCAUCAGCUGCUGCAGAUGAGACCCUCCGGUUCUGGAACGUUUUUGGAGCCCCUGAAGCGCCCAAGCCUGCAGCAAAGGCUUCCCACACUGGGAUGUUCAACAGCUUCAACCAUAUCCGUUAGGAGAGUCAUGAAGAAUUUCUCUUCUGUUGGAUAUGGUCCUGCUGUCCCAGUGUCCUAGUUUACAUAGAUCGCGUCUCAUUGGUAUUGUUGAGAUCUACCUAAUUGGCUAAGCAGGCCGCGUGAUGGGGAAGCAUUGCAAUCUCCUAAUGCAUUAUUUUUCGCUUUCAGGAGGGUCAGAAAUUAAUGACACAGGAUUGGCUUCAUUGAUGUCUUCAUCAAGAAGUAGAUGCUAUCCUAUCUGCAACAUCACGGGCGUGGGGCGCCAGAUCCUCGAAAUGCAGAGCGCCAGAGCCUCAGAGAAUCAAUUUGGUUACUUCUCCUGGCAUUUGCAUGCCUUUCACUAGUGCUGUCCAAUGUAGAAUGUUUUCGCCCUUUUGGAUGCAACAUGCCAACAUCAAGAGAAUAUGUUUGAUGUGGCAGCAAUUGUAAAUCAAGACACGACCAUUCUUUUCAUGUUCCAUAAGCACUCCGUGUUCA